GGAAUAUUUCUCCGGUAUAAAUUAUCGUAUUGCGAUUUCAAAAACGAAAAGAAUCACAGGGCAAUGAUCAAAAGGUUUGUUCUUAUUAAAAUAAAAAUAGAGAGAUCAAAGGGGCGAACUUUCCGAGGGAACCCUCCCCAAAAGGAGGCGGUGGUGCUGGUCCAGCGCCCACCUUAACACGAACCAGAACUGAAGAUGAAGAAGGCCAAGUUCGCGGAUCUAGGGUUACCAAUCAAGAGCAAGUUUUUGCAGGCCUUGUUCAUUGCUGGCGUUCUCUACCUCUUCUUCAUGAGCGUUGAGGUCCCGCUGCUCUUCAAUGCCGAGCACUCAUCAGAGGGAAUUGAUGAAAUUUCUGACCCUCUCCGUGCCCCCCAACUCCUCCUCUCUCAUCCCCUCGACACCACUCUUCGCCAGCGACUCGAAGACAAUAAAGUUGCCCCGCUUAGACCAGCAAGAGAUAGGAUCCUUCAAGCCUCCCUCCAGCCCUCAACUGACAGAAAAAUUAGGUCUUUUGGUGUGAUUUCUAUGCUGCCCCUCGACUCCAUGAAUCGUUCAAGUGGGGUCUCAGAGCUUCAAAGGUCGGCGAAUGAUGCUCGUCGAAUUGGUAAGAAGGUUUGGAGAGAGGUGGAGAAUCACAAGGUUGAGGAUUCUAGUGAGAGAAAGGAGAUUUCUAGAGAGAGAAAGGAGGAAGAGAGUUGCCCACACUCUAUCUCAUUGACUGGUUUUGAAUUCGAAUCCAAGAACAGGAAGGUUUUGCUUCUUCCUUGUGGAUUAACACUUGGUUCUCACAUUACAUUAGUGGGUAGGCCUCAUAAGGCUCACGAAGAGAACGACCCCAAAAUCUCGACAUUGAAGGAUGGGUCUAAGUCUUUGAUGGUUUCUCAAUUCAUGUUGGAGUUGCAGGGAUUGAAGGCAGUUGAUGGUGAGGACCCUCCGAGGAUUUUGCACCUCAAUCCAAGGUUAAAGGGUGAUUGGAGUGGGAAGCCUGUUAUUGAGCAGAACACGUGUUAUCGAAUGCAAUGGGGUUCGGCAUUAAGAUGUGAGGGAUGGAAAUCAAGAGCCGAUGAAGAAACUGUUGACGUACAAGUAAAAUGUGAAAAGUGGAUUCGAGAUGACGAUGACCACUCGGAGGAGUCAAAGACGACUUGGUGGUUAAACCGCUUAAUUGGUCGCACAAAGAAAGUUACAAUUGACUGGCCCUAUCCCUUUGCUGAAGAAAAGCUGUUUGUGCUCACUCUCAGCUCUGGAUUGGAAGGUUACCAUGUUAAUGUAGAUGGGAGGCAUGUCACUUCUUUCCCAUAUCGCACUGGAUUUGUCUUGGAGGAUGCAACUGGCUUGUCACUGAAUGGUGAUAUUGAUGUGCACUCCAUCUUUGCUGCUUCUCUUCCUACUACACAUCCCAGCUUCUCCCCCCAAAGACAUCUUGAAAUGUCGAGCAGGUGGCAGGCCCCACUUCUUCCGGAGGGCCCUGUGGAUCUCUUCAUUGGUAUCCUCUCUGCUGGCAACCACUUUGCUGAGCGGAUGGCGGUGAGGAAGUCUUGGAUGCAAUCCCGGGUUAUUAGAUCAUCAAGAGUUGUAGCUCGUUUUUUCGUUGCACUGCAUGGCAGAAAAGAAGUGAAUAUUGAGCUCAAGAAGGAAGCAGAGUACUUUGGAGAUAUCAUUAUCGUGCCAUUCAUGGAUAGCUAUGACCUCGUGGUUUUAAAAACUGUUGCUAUCUGUGAAUAUGGGGUUCGUGCUUUAUCUGCAAAGUAUAUAAUGAAAUGUGAUGAUGACACAUUUGUGAGGGUCAAUUCUGUGAUUAAGGAAGUGAAGAAAGUGCCAAGCGAUAGAAGCUUGUACAUUGGCAACAUGAAUUACUAUCACAAACCCCUCAGAGUUGGAAAAUGGGCUGUUACAUAUGAGGAAUGGCUUGAAGAAGAUUACCCACCAUAUGCAAAUGGCCCCGGAUAUGUUGUAUCAGCAGAUAUUGCAGAAUUUAUCACGUCAGAAUUCGAGAAGCAGACACUGAGGCUCUUUAAGAUGGAAGAUGUGAGCAUGGGGAUGUGGGUUGAGCAAUUCAAUAGUUCAAGACCAGUUGAAUACGUUCAUGACUUCAAGUACUGUCAAUUUGGGUGCAUAGAUGAUUAUUUCACUGCCCACUACCAGUCGCCACGGCAGAUGUUGUGCAUGUGGAAUAAGUUGCAGAGUGGCAAAGCUCAAUGCUGCAACAUGAGAUGACCAUCCAUGAUUGCAUCGAGUUUUGUAGUUUUAGAAGCCUUUGUAAAUUUUCCGGUGAUGUAAUCUGAUCUUUAUUGGCAUCACUCGAUACAACUAGGAGCAUUCAUAUUUAUUGCUUCUUGCCGUUCUUCAAUGGAAGGAACCAAAGAUCACAUUUUGCAAGUAAGAAGUCAAUGUUGAAACCAUGAGCAAGAAACCAUUCAAGAAACUUGGAGGAAUUACUCGAAGUCGAAUUGAAAUUCAGAUUUGUGAUCUUGAUAGCAAAAGUUUCAGAAGCUUUUCUUCUGUUUUUUUUUUUUUUUGGGUACCACUUAGUUUGUGGACUGUAAGAGGUAUAGGUUUGCCUGGAUGGCUUCUUAGUCCAUGGCAUCCUUGGAAAUUGUAGCUCUGCCCCUUUUUUUCAUUAUGAUAAAUAGAAGUCAAGUAAUUUCCAGUUUACAUUGGUGAU